ACACUUUCCCUCCUCUCUGCACAAUAAAGGAGACGCGAUCCAGCUGAGAGAAGAGGCAAGCGAACGGCGGCACGACGAGCGGCGACCGAACGGCAGCCUGAUGAGCGGCGAUUGAACAGCAGCAUAGCAAGGAGACGCGAUGGCACGGUGACAAAAACGGAUGUAGAAGUGAAAUCCUACAUUAGGUCAUAAAUAGUAGUCUACAGGUGUACCAUUUUAUUUAGACUUCACCCUUGCCAAAUCCCUAAAGCUAAACAUACCUAUACUCACCCAUAGCUGAGGUGAAAAAAGCUAUGGCCUCAAAGUUGGUUUUGCAGAGAAGGCUCCUCAGGUUUUUGCAACUGUUAGCGCCUUCUUCAUCUUCUUCCACUCAUGUGGUCCCAUUCCUUUCUGUAAAAGCUUCAGAAUGCACGUCCCUCUGCAGGAAAAAUAGCCUUCUUCCCUCUCACUCAUCUUAUUCAAGAAAUUUGUGCUCUGGCAGUUUUAAUCUUGAUGAAUCUCAAGCCCCCCUGACUGUUGAUUACCGUUCUCUACUGGAUGAGAGUGAAUUCCAUAGAUUGGCUGAUUCCACAAUACAUAGCGUACAAGAGAAAUUAGAGGACUAUGGAGACUUAGUUGAAGUUGAUGGAUUUGACAUAGAUUAUGGGAAUGAUGUUUUGACUGUAAAACUUGGCGAUCGUGGCACCUAUGUAUUGAACAAACAAACACCAAAUCGACAACUUUGGCUGUCUUCUCCACUGAGUGGUCCGUCAAGGUUUGAUUGGGAUCGGGAUACCAAUGCUUGGAUUUAUAGACGGAACAAAGCAAACUUGUACAGAAUCUUGGAAGGUGAGUUGGAGCAGUUAUGUGGCAAAGCUAUCGUUCUUUCCUAAACUGUUGAAAAGGUGCCGCCAAAUCUUGAUUUUUUAUGUAGAAGACAGAAGUUAAUAAUGAUUGUAUCUUCUAAAUAAUCAGCAGAAAAUAGUUGUGAUUAACAAAUUCUUCUUUGAAGUUAUACUACCUUUUCAGUUUAUUUCUUGUAAGGAUUAUUGUUGCAUUGGGCAUUGUGGUAAGUUAUCCUACCAUUUUGGCUUCCAGUUUUGGAGGUUUAAGGAAUACUAGGCGUGCAUGAUAAAAAUGCUGAGAUGAGAAAUGGAGAAAAGGUUUCCGACAAAAUACAAAAGCUUUUACCACUUGUUCGCCCAAACUAUGCUGUGCUGGGCAAUGUUUCACCAGUAAUUUGUUGAUUAGUUAGGAGAAAAUAACUGUCAUUUUAAUUAUAA